GAAAGAACGGAUAUUUACAGCUCUAACAGUCUAUCUUUCAAACAGUUGGUGUGCGCAUGCUGUAAAGAAAAUGGCGGAAGGUCCCAACACUGAACUGGCCAAGGCGUUGCAGGCCCAGAUAGAGUCUCUCAACAAAAGGAUUCAUGAAUUGGAAGCUGUGAAUGCCCAGCUUUCUGCUCAGCUCUCGAGGUGCACCUGCGUGAAGACUAUAGCCAGUGAUAGAAUUAGUCGUUUAGACUCGAUGGAGAAAAUGAAAGGGCAAAAAGUUGAUGAAGAUGAUUUCAGAAACAGAUCAAAGGAGGAUGUGCCAGAUACACGUAGAGAAGCUAUGGUUUUGCAUCAUUUUCCAAGGCGGCAUGUUGCUCUAAAAGUUAUGUAUUUCGGUCCAAGGUUUUACGGUUUUGCUUCGGAGGCACAGAUGGACCCCACCAUAGAGUCAGAAAUCUUUAAGGCCCUCAAGAAGACGAGGUUGAUAUCUGGUGAUAAGAAGGAAUUUCAGUACUCUAGAUGCGGCAGAACAGACAAGGGAGUUUCCUCUGUUGGCCAAGUAAUUUCUUUAUUACUGCGAUCAAAUCUCAAGGAAACAACAAGGAGCGAUGGAUAUUCUGGAGAAUCUUUUGCUGAAGUAUCUCGUAGUAGCGAAGUAGAUUAUGUGAAGAUGCUAAACAAAGUACUUCCAAAAGACAUACGAGUUAUUGGGUGGUCACCUGCUCCAACUGAUUUCAGUGCAAGGUUCAAUUGCUUAAGCAGGGAAUACAAGUAUUUCUUCUGGAGAGAAAAUUUAAACAUUACAGUAAUGGAGAUUGCAGGAAAGAAAUUUACUGGAGAACAUGAUUUCAGAAACUUCUGUAAGAUGGAUGCAGCUAAUGUUCACAACUAUAGGCGUCACAUUACAUCAUUUGAAAUUUUCCCAUGUAGUGAAAGGUUUGAAGAUGAUGAACUCUGGGCAAUGAAAAUCAAAGGCAGCGCUUUCCUAUGGCACCAGAUCCGAUGCAUGGUUGCUGUACUUUUUUUGAUUGGCCAAGGUCUUGAAUCUCCGAAUGUUAUAGAUGAGUUACUGGAUAUUGAAAGAACACCAAGGAAACCUCAAUACACAAUGGCCCCCGAGAUUCCACUUGUUCUAAGGUCGUGUGAAUUUCUGGGUCUCACGUUUAAGUGUUCGUCAGAUGCCGCCCAAGCUCUUCGGACUCACUUGGAGAAGGAAUGCCGAAGUUAUAAACUUCAAGCGGCAAUCUUUCACGAGGCCCUGCUAAGUUCUUCUUGUGCCUUAUAUGAAAAUAAUCAGUUAAAUAAUAGAACAAAAAAGAAGGAAUCUGCACACAUUCCCCUAUUGUCACGGCCCACAGAGCCCACUUACGAAGAACGACGUGCUAAACUGAAUGAUGGACUUGGAAGAAAGACAAAACCGAAAAUCCCUGUUCUUGGCACCUAAUUGAUUCAUGCACCUAUCUGAUUUUGUUCUCAAAAGGAGGAUUUGCUGCAUUGGAAUAGGAUAUAAAACGGUGAAGAUGAUGAAUGCUUGAUUUUUCGUUUUUCGUUACAACGCUGCCCUGAACAGACAGACCCAAGUUCUUACACAGUUGUAAGAGCAUUGCCAUAUCCUGAAAAUUUUUAAGAAGUCCAGUUUUAUGUUUAAGGUGAAAUGUGGAUGUUAAAGAAAUAUACAUCCGCGUGUUUCGAAUCCCUUUGUGGAGAAUAUGUCCUAAUUGAUUGAAUCUAAACCAGUGUAAACACAUUGAAAACUGUGGUUUAUAAUUGUUUUCAAGAUCCGUCAAACUCCUAACCUGAAAGAAAAAUAGAAUAGGAAACAUGUUCUCCAGUUUUUCUUCUUGUGGUUGGUGUGACCAAAACCAAGCUUGAACAAAGAAUUUUAUGAAACAUUAGCAUUUUUCUAAUUUUCUUUUACACUAGUCAAACAAUAAUAAGUAUGACC